AUGAAAAAGAAGGGUUUAACUCCUGAUAAAGUGACAUACAACACAUUGAUCGAUGGAUAUUCCAAAGAAGGUGAUAUGCAUGAAGCACUUACACUGCAUACUGAAAUGGUAUGGAAAGGACUUUCGCCAGAUGUUGUGACUUACACCGCUCUCAUUGAUAGACUAUGUAAAAAUGGCAGUGUGCAAAGAGCAAGCGAAUUUAUGAAUAAAAUUAAAGAAGGAGGGUUGAAUCCAGAUGCUUUUACAUAUACUGCUUUAAUUGACAAAUAUUGCAAUCAAGGAGAUAUGCAAAAGGCUCUUGAGAUUCAAAAGGAAAUGAUGGAUAAAGGAUUUGUUCCUUCUAUUGUGACAUUUAAUUUUGUUAUCAAUGGAUUAUGUUUGGAACGCAAUAUAAGGGCAGCACAGAAUGUUUUCAAUGACAUUUUAGAGAAGGGCUUGGUUCCUAACAUGGUAACUUAUAGUAUGCUAAUUGAUAGGUACUGUAAGGGAGGCAAUAUGCAAGAGGCAUUAAGUUUACUAGAUGAGCUUGUUGGAAAAGGCCUUGUUCCAGAUGUAAUUACCUACUCUUCUCUCAUUCAGGGUUUCUGUAAGGAAGGAAGACUAGAAGAUGCCUAG